CUCUCUGUCUUCGUGAGGAUAAGAGGAGUGGGCGUAGCCGCAUCGGUGAGGGGCAGAGGAGGGGGCGUGACCUCAUCCUUCUGGUGGGCUCGAGUAGUGGGCGCGGCCACGAUGACGUGCUCUCUGUCUUCGUGAGGAUAAGAGGAGUGGGCGUAGCCGCAUCGGUGAGGGGCAGAGGAGGGGGCGUGACCUCAUCCUUCUGGUGGACUCGAGUAGUGGGCGCGGCCACGAUGACGUGCUCUCUGUCUACAGCCAGCGGUAGGGGGCGGGGCCGGAUCCCGGAAGUGUAUGUGUAAGUGUCAGGCUAAGUCAGGACAGGCAGCUGAGUGGCUGAAGGGACCCAGAACCCACAAUGGCAUCCCACCUGAAGUAUAUCUCUUUAGGGAUCCUAGUGUUUCAGACCACCAGCCUAGUCCUGACUAUGCGUUACUCUCGGACGCUCAAGGAGGACGGGCCCCGCUACUUAUCUUCCACGGCUGUAGUUGCUGCAGAGGUGCUGAAGAUCAUAGCCUGUAUCAUUCUGGUGUAUAAAGACAACAGCUGUAGUAUCCGAGCUUUGAAUAGAGUCCUUCAGGAUGAGAUCCUCAAUAAACCAAUGGAGACGCUGAAGCUCGCCAUACCUUCUGGGAUCUACACCCUCCAGAAUAACCUUCUCUAUGUUGCACUGUCCAACCUUGAUGCUGCCACUUACCAGGUCACUUAUCAGCUCAAAAUCCUCACCACAGCUUUAUUCUCUGUGACAAUGUUGCAAAAAAAGCUUACAAAGUAUCAGUGGCUUUCCCUGGUAAUUCUUAUGGCCGGUGUAACAUUCGUUCAGUGGCCUACUGAUACCCCCAGUUCUCCUUCGAAGGAAGUAUCAGUGGGUUCCCGCUUUGUGGGUCUCAUGUCCGUCCUCACUGCCUGCUUCUCCAGUGGCUUUGCUGGUGUCUACUUUGAAAAAAUUCUUAAAGAAACCAAACAGUCUGUGUGGAUUAGAAAUAUACAGCUGGGGUUUUUCGGGGGUAUAUUUGGCCUGAUGGGAGUUUUUAUUUAUGACGGAGAUCGCGUCUCUAAAGAGGGAUUCUUUCAAGGAUACAACAACCUGACCUGGACGGUUGUGGCUCUUCAGGCUCUGGGCGGAUUAGUGAUCGCUGCUGUGAUCAAAUAUGCGGACAACAUCUUAAAAGGAUUUGCCACCUCUCUCUCCAUCAUUCUGUCAACACUUAUCUCCUACUUUUGGCUGCAAGACUUUGUCCCUACCGGUGUGUUUUUCAUGGGAGCCAUGUUUGUGAUUUCUGCCACCUUCCUGUACGGCUACAACCCCAAACCAUCUGUGAACCCAAUUAAGGCGUGACAGCCUGUGACGGAUGCGGUGACGUAUUGUAUGGAGCGCCCCCCCCCCCCCUCCAGACAUGCGCAGGGCUGUACAGAGACAACUAAGCCACACAAUGCUGCUGAAAGCAAACAGACCGCAGGUCGAGGCACUGCUGCUCUUUCUUGUGACGGACCCUAUUUUAUUUUAAAUGAAAAGUGCUAUAAAUAUAUAUAUAUUUUGUUAAUACUUGAACUUCGGAGGCAUUGGUGAUUUUUUUUUUUUUUCAGGAUGUUGCACAGAACUCACCUGAUCAGGUAUAGGAUACUGUUUCUCUUCUAUUGGAGAUAUUUUAAUAUGGUGGUUUCUGGGCUGAGAUACCCACCUGCGUCUGACCUCAUAUGCAUAGGUGCAGCUUCUAGGAAGAGCUGGAUCAUGCUCUGCGAUCAUGUUAUUUUUUACUGAAGAGACAAUAGAAUACCAUUGGAUGUGUUCUGUAUAUAUGUGAAUGAUUCGCUGUCUUACAUUGUAUAGACUAAAACAAGGGAAAUUAAAUACAU